AUGUAAGACUUUACAAGUUUAAUUUAAUAGACUGUUAAACAUGCCGUUGCAAAUACUGUUAAAGAAAUGCUUGAAAACUGUAAGUUUGAAGGAGAUCAUGCUAAUACAACAUUUGCAAAGAAUUUGUUUUUAGCAAACAAAAAGAAGAAGGAAUAGAUGUAUUUAGUAAUUGCUGUUCACGAUACUGAAAUCGAUAUGAAGGCUUUAACCACUCACUUCAAAGCUGGGUCAGGUAAUCUAAGAGCUGGUGAUGAAGCUGUAAUGGAGCAAAUCUUAGGAGUGAAAAAGGGAGCUGUUAAUCUGUUUGGUAUUCUAAAUGAUACUGAUAAUAAGGUAAAACUUGUCCUUGAUUCAAGAAUCGUAGCUGCUGAAAGAGUAGGCUUCCAUCCCAUGCAAAAUGAUGCUACUACUUCCAUUACUGUCAGCGAUUUACACAAAAUCAUUGAAUUAUCUGGUCAUAAUCCAGAGAUUCUUGAUUUUUCUUCAUUAUAAUCUGAAGCUGCUCCAUCAGGAGAAGCUAAACAAGCUCCCGCCAAAAAGGCUCCCCAAGCAAAGAAAACUGAGGAGAAGAAAGAAAAUGCUCAUCAACUUGGAAUUGAAUAUACUAAGGAGCAGAAUUUCUCAAAGUGGUAUCAAUAAGUUAUAACCAGAAGUGAAAUGAUUGAAUAUUACGAAAUUUCUGGAUGCUAUAUUCUGAGACCUCUCUCUUACUUUAUCUGGGAGAGCAUCUAAAAUUUCCUUGAUCCUAGAUUCAAGAAAAACGGCGUUUCCAACUGUUAUUUCCCAAUGUUCGUCUCAGAAGCAGCACUAAGUAAGGAGAAAGAUCAUAUUGCUGGUUUCGCUCCAGAAGUAGCCUGGGUUACCAAAUCUGGAAAAACUAAUCUUCCAGAACCAAUUGCCAUUAGACCUACUAGUGAGACUAUCAUGUAUCCUAGUUAUGCUAAAUGGAUUCACUCUCACAGAGACUUACCUCUAUGUCUUAACCAAUGGACCAAUGUUGUCAGAUGGGAAUUCAAACACCCAACUCCUUUCAUUAGAACAAGAGAAUUCUUAUGGCAAGAAGGUCACACAGCACAUGCUACAACUGAGGAAGCUGAUGUAAUGGUUCUAAGUAUUCUAGAUUAUUAUGCUGAUUGCUACAAAGAAUUACUAGCUGUUCCAGUUAUUAAAGGAAGAAAAUCAGAGGAGGAGAAAUUUGCUGGUGCAAAUUAUACUACCACAGUUGAACUUUACGUUCCAUCUAAUGGCAGAGGUAUCUAAGGUGCAACCUCUCAUUAGCUUGGUCAGAAUUUUGCUAAGAUGUUUGAUGUCUGGUUUGAAGACAAAGCUGGUCAAAAGCAAUUUGCCUGGCAAACAUCUUGGGGAUUCUCUACUAGAUCAAUUGGAGCUAUGAUCAUGGUUCAUAGUGAUGACAAGGGUCUUGUUCUUCCUCCUAGAGUGGCUUAAAUCUAAGUUGUUAUUGUUCCAAUUACCUAUAAGGAUGACGAUUCUAAUACCAUCUUGGCCAAAGCAGAGGAAGUGUAUAACUCAUUAAAAGCAGCAGGGGUAAGAGUUUUCUUAGAUGAUAGAGAAAAUUAUAACCCAGGAUUCAAGUAUAAUCAUUGGGAGCUUAGAGGAGUUCCAAUUAGAUUGGAGUUAGGCAAGAAAGAUAUUGAAAAGGGUGAGGUCAGAAUGGUUAGAAGAGAUAAUGGAGACAAAGCAUAAAUGAAGCAAGAAGAUUUAGCCUCAGAGAUUCCUCAUAUGCUCAAUAAAAUUCACAAUGAUAUGUACGAGAGAGCAUUAAAGACUAGAGAUGAGCAUAUGAAAGAAGCUUCUACUUGGGAAUAAUUCAUGGAAGCUCUUAACGCCAAGAAUAUUGUAUAAACUCCCUGGUGCAAUGUCCAAGAAUGUGAGAAAAAAGCAAAGGAUAAAUCAAAGGAGGAAUCCCUUAAAAUCAUGGAACAGGCUGGAGAGGAGGAAGAAGUUCUUACUGGAUCAGCUAAGACUCUAUGCUUGCCCUUCUAACCUUAGACUCCCUUAGUAGCUGGAGAGAAAUGUUUCCAUUGCGGAGAAGAGGCUAAAAUUAAGGCACUUUGGGGUAGAUCAUAUUGA